AUGCGAAAUGAUAUCGAAAAUCUAAUGAAAAAUUGUCCAAGAAGUGAAAGUGAUCAGUACUGGAAAGAGUUUAAUGGAUUUCUAGAUUUAUUUGACAGAUUUCUGACCAAACGAAGUUCCGAAUUUCAAUGGGAAAGAUUGCAAUUAAAUUCUAAUGAUUCAUUUAUCGAUUAUGAAAAAUUACCAUUACCGGAAAAUGAUCAAAUAAAAUCCUUUUUGAAUAAACUAGUGAUAAUAAAGCUCAAUGGAGGAUUAGGUACAAGCAUGAAUUGCGUUGGAGCUAAGAGCCUCCUUUUCGUCAGAAAUGAAUGUACGUUUUUAGAUUUAAUCGUUCAACAAAUUAUAAAAUUGAACAACGAGUACGAUGUAGACGUUCCAUUGGUGUUCAUGAAUUCAUUUAACACACAUGAAGACACACUAAUUGCACUAGAAAAGUACAGAAAUUUUAGAAUCAAGAUAUUUAAUUUCAAUCAAUCUCAAUACCCAAGAAUACACGCUCUUAAUUAUAAACUUGUUACAGAGGCAUAUAAUGACGAGAAAAAACAUGCCUGGUAUCCUCCUGGACAUGGUGAUUUUUAUAAGUCAUUUUACCAUUCCGGAUUAUUGCAAGCUUUCAUAAAAGAAGGUAAAGAGAUUUGUAUGGUCUCAAAUGCAGAUAAUCUUGGAGCUUCAGUGAAUUUUCCUCUUCUAAAAGAGAUGAUGCUUUCAAAUCAAAAUCAAACAAUAGAUUGCUUGGUGGAAGUGACUCCAAAAACUAUAGCCGAUAGAAAAGGUGGCGCUGUUGUAAAAAUAGGUAAUAAACUCCAUCUUGUGGAAGUGGCUCAGGUUCCUUCAGAACAUAUGGAGGUCUUUCAGAGAGGGGAACAUUUUAAUGUAUUCAACACUAAUAACAUGUGGAUUAGAUUAGAUUCUAUUUUGAAGCUAGUAGUGGAAAGGCGUUACCUUUCAAUGGAUGUUAUUGUCAACCACAAAAUAUUAAAAGUAAAUGGAGAACCUGAAGACAUAAUUCAGUUGGAAACGGCGAUGGGUUCAGCUAUAAAUCUAUUCGAAUGUUCUAUUGGAGUAGUCGUGCCACGAAGCCGCUUUUUACCAGUUAAAACAACAUCUGAUUUCUUCCUGAUCAAAAGCAACGUUUACGUUUUAAAGAAUGGCACUCUUUUGUUGAAUCCCUUAAGACGCAUAUCAUAUCCACCUCUAAUUGAACUGGUUGGCAAACAUUUUACUUCAUAUUCGCAAAUCAAGGAAAGAUUUCCAGAAAUGCCAGAUUGUUUGAACCUCUUAAGUUUGACGGUGUCGGGAGACAUAGUUUUCGGUAAGAACAUUGUGCUUAAAGGAAAUGUUCUCAUACAAGCAAACCCAGGUGAAAAAAUUGAUGUUCCUAGUAAUACAGUAUUGGACAAUUGUCAAGUAAUCACGCCAUAUGCAUAA